GAGGUUUUAUAUGAGAGACUCGAGGAGAUGGGUACACUGCAUUGAUAUCUUCCACGUUGUGCGCGAAAACCACACGAUCCCUCCCCGAUAUUACGCAGUCUAUUUAAACGCAACAACCACACACCCAUUCCAUCACUCACUCACCUCUGUGGUCGUCUCACCUGCACUCGCGGUGUUCAGGAGAGGAAUCCAGUGAUGGAUCAAGACAAGUACCUGCCAGAGCUCAUUGCCGAGAAGGAGGGCUUGGACACGUCGUUCGUGCACGCGAUGCGCCUUCUCGCGGAAGAGAUUGAAAAGUUCGAAGGAGACGAGUUGAGGAAAGAUGGUGAGGUGAAGAAAUACUUGGAUAUCAUCAGCAACAAAAACAUCAAGCUAUCAGAGCGCGUCCUGAUCCCUGUGCAGCAGUAUCCUAAGUUUAAUUUUGUUGGGAAACUGCUGGGGCCCAGGGGCAAUUCCAUGAAAAGAUUACAAGAGGAAACGGGAGCAAAGAUGUCCAUCCUCGGCAAGGGUUCAAUGAGGGAUAAAGGCAAGGAGGAAGAGCUGAGAAAAAGUGGAGAGGCGAAAUACGGCCAUUUGAGCAACGAUCUUCAUGUUUUAAUUGAAGUUUUCGCACCACCUGGAGAAGCCUAUUCCCGCAUGAGCCAUGCCCUGGAGGAGAUUAAGAAAUUCCUUGUUCCAGAUUACAAUGAUGAGAUCAGGCAGGAGCAGCUUCGUGAGCUCUCCUAUUUAAAUGGUUCAGAUGACCCAAGCCGAGGAAGAACCACGCGAGGACGUGGCUUACGUCUGACCUCCACAGCCUCCACCCGAGGUCGAGGAGGGGCUGCUCCACCCACUCCUCCUGGACGAGGAGCAGCAGCACCCAGAGGAACUGUGAGCACGCGCACCUCCGUCACCACACCAACACUAGCCAGAGGAGUCUCUGCACCCCGGACCAGAGGAACUACAGGGACCCCUGGAUACAGAGCCUCUGUACUGCAGGCCACACACAAAUCAUAUGAUGACUACGGAUAUGAUGAUGGUUAUGACGGGGAAUAUGAUGACGAGAGUUAUGAGGGCUAUGAUGACAACUACAGCAACCAGUCGAAAAGUGUCUCAGAAUACUAUGAAUAUGGACACGGAAAUAAUGGUGAAACCUAUAAUAAUUAUGCAGAAGAGGACUGGAUAUCAUCCCGGCCCAACCUCAAAGCUCCAGCAUCAAGACUUAAUCGAGGGGGCUACAGAGAUCACCCCUAUGGUAGAUAUUAAAGGUGCUCCAGAUCAUGUGACCUCCAUGCAAUGCAAACCGCAUUUACUAGGCCUAAAUAAUAUAAAAAGGGAUUUUUAAGUGACAGGUCAACCAUGUUUUUAAACUCAUCCUUACCUUGGGUGAAGGGAUGGGAGAUACAUGGUCCCUUCUUUUCUUAUCUGAAACUGUUGACUUCUUUGUAAAAUACCAUAUGAACAUUAGUUCUGGCCAGAAUUUGGCAGUGUACUUUUGUCAUUGAAUGCUCCUUCCUUUAGUUUUCCAUUGUUUGUCCCCCAAAUGUAAAGCAUGGAAUUAGCUACACAUUGUGCUUCCCGGAUUUUGGGAAUCUUUGCGUUAAGGAAAAAGUGUAUCGCCGCAGUGAAAAGACUCAUUUUGUACAUAACAUCUUUCUUAAUACUUCUUGAUUUGAUGAUGGUAAAUACUGAGUUUGUAUAUUUAAUUUUGAUAUCAGUAUUGGGUUUGAAAGCAAUUGGCUAUGUAUGUAGCCACAUCCAAGUGCUUUGCUUUGUGUGUAGCUUGUAUUUGUACAUAAAAAAUGUAAUAAAAAGGAUGUAAAGCGCA